AUGGAAAUACACUGUAAGCACGACCCGUUUGCAGCAAUGCAUAGACAUGGAGGAGUGAAUCAAUUAGGGGGGGUUUUUGUAAAUGGUCGUCCCCUCCCUGAUGUAGUCCGCCAAAGGAUUGUGGAACUUGCCCAUCAAGGUGUGAGACCCUGUGACAUCUCCAGGCAGCUUCGGGUCAGCCAUGGUUGUGUCAGCAAAAUUCUCGGCAGGUAUUAUGAGACUGGAAGUAUCAAGCCUGGGGUGAUUGGAGGGUCGAAACCAAAGGUUGCCACACCCAAAGUUGUAGAAAAGAUUGCAGAAUAUAAACGCCAAAACCCUACCAUGUUUGCCUGGGAAAUCAGAGAUAGGCUUUUAGCAGAGCGAGUAUGUGACAAUGACACCGUGCCCAGUGUCAGCUCAAUUAACAGGAUCAUCCGGACAAAGGUACAGCAGCCACCCAACCAGCAGGUCCCAGCUUCCAGUCACAGCAUAGUCUCCACAGGCUCUGUGACCCAAGUGUCUUCAGCAAGCACCGAUUCUGCUGGCUCCUCCUACUCCAUUAGUGGAAUUCUGGGAAUUACAUCUCCUAGCGCUGAAACCAACAAACGCAAAAGAGAGGAAGGUAUUCAGGAGUCUCCAGUACCAAAUGGCCAUUCCCUCCCAGGCAGAGAUUUCCUUCGGAAACAGAUGCGGGGAGACCUUUUCACCCAGCAGCAAUUGGAAGUGUUGGAUCGAGUCUUUGAGAGACAACAUUAUUCUGACAUAUUUACAACCACUGAGCCCAUCAAACCAGAGCAGACCACAGAAUACUCAGCCAUGGCAUCGCUACCUGGUGGAUUAGAUGACAUGAAGGCCAAUUUAACAAGCCCCACGUCAGCGGAUAUAGGGGCCAAUGUCCCAGGGCCACAGUCAUACCCCAUUGUGACAGGUCGUGAUUUGGCAAGCACAACCCUCCCAGGAUACCCUCCACACGUCCCCCCUGCUGGACAGGGCAGCUACUCUGCUCCAACUCUGACAGGGAUGGUGCCUGGGAGUGAGUUUUCUGGAAGCCCUUAUAGCCACCCACAGUAUUCAACAUACAAUGAUUCCUGGAGAUUUCCCAACCCUGGGCUGCUAGGCUCCCCUUACUAUUACAGCGCAGCUGCCAGAGGAGCAGCACCCCCUGCAGCUGCCACUGCCUAUGACCGCCACUGACCCCAGGAGCAAAGAAAUCCAAGCACUUACUACACAUAUCAUUCAGGACAAUGGCGUGUGAAUCACUGAGACAUAUCCAUACCAACCAGACUGCGCAAGGAAGGACAAGAGAAUAGCCAAUAAGAUUCUACAGACUCAACAAAAUGUUAUUCUUUACAAG